ACCACCUUUUGGAGAUUCCUUACCACUACACCCAUUUCAAAAAUAGUUAAUGUUAUAUAUUUACUAUGGCUUUCUAACACAUGGGGGUGAUACUGAUUGCCAGUCACACGACAGCUGCCAUGUCUGAAAUCAAGCACUACAUCUCCCAUGGGUAACAUAUAUAAGAGGUGAAAACCUUCGGCGGUACCCGAAGCCGUUCAUCCAUACAGUGCAGAGCUGCUGUUUGCUGGGCAUGACUGAGACAAUGCACUUGCGGAGGCGAGGGGGACCAUACAAGACUGAGCCAGCUACAGACCUGAGGCGCUGGAGGCUUUCUAAUGCCGAGGGCAGGCAGACCUGGUCUUAUGUGAAGGAUGUGGAUGCCCCAAAAAGGGAGCAGACCAUGCUAGAGGCCCAUUCUUUAGGCUUGGACACGACCAAGUUUGUACGUGACUCCUCGGCCGCCCGCACAGCAGUAGAUGCAGCCCUGAAAGGUAUGAACUUCUACAGUCACCUUCAGGCCGAGGACGGCCACUGGGCAGGAGACUACGGAGGACCUCUUUUCCUUCUACCAGGUCUAUUGAUUACUUGCCAUAUCGCUAAGAUCCCUCUGGACCAGGCCUGGAAGAAAGAGAUGGUUCGAUACCUACGCUCUGUUCAGCUGCCGGAUGGAGGCUGGGGCCUACAUAUUGAAGACAAGUCGACCGUGUUCGGCACGGCUUUGAGUUACACCUCGCUAAGGAUUCUAGGUGUCGAUCCGGAUGAUCCCGACUUGGUUCGAGCAAGGAGCAACCUGCACAGCAAAGGCGGUGCGGUGGGCAUCCCGUCCUGGGGUAAAUUCUGGUUGGCUAUUUUAAAUGUCUACAGCUGGGAAGGAAUGAACACGCUUUUACCAGAGAUGUGGUUGUUCCCCACCUGGCUGCCAGCCCACCCGUCUACACUGUGGUGUCACUGUCGCCAGGUGUACCUCCCCAUGAGCUUCUGCUACGCCGUCCGACUUGUCGCUGAGGAGGAUGCCCUGGUCCUCAGCCUCAGACAGGAGCUUUAUGUCCAAGACUAUGCAGGCAUUGACUGGGCAGCUCAGAGGAACAAUGUGGCAGCUUGUGACAUGUACACUCCUCACAGCACACUGCUGACUGUGGCCUACACUGUGCUCAACAUGUACGAGGCUCACCACAGUGCCACACUGAGAGGAAUGGCUGUCAAAGAACUGUACGAGCACAUCGAGGCUGACGACCGCUUCACCAAAUGCAUAAGCAUUGGACCGAUCUCGAAGACGAUCAACAUGCUGGUCCGCUGGCAUGUGGAUGGUCCAUCGUCUUCAGCCUUCCAGGAGCAUGUUUCCAGGAUCCCCGACUACCUCUGGUUGGGACUCGAUGGUAUGAAAAUGCAGGGCACCAAUGGGUCUCAGCUCUGGGAUACCUGCUUUGCUGUACAGGCUUUUCUCGAGGCAGGAGCACAGGACAACCCCGAAUUAGCUGAGUGUCUCCGAUGUGCCCAACAGUUUCUCAAAGUCACACAGAUCCCGGAUAAUCCACCUGAUUACCAAAAGUACUACCGGCAAAUGAACAAGGGAGGCUUCCCCUUCAGCACCCGCGACUGCGGCUGGAUAGUGGCUGACUGCACGGCCGAGGGCCUGAAGUCCAUGAUGCUGCUGCAGGAGCUGUGCCCGUCUGUCGGAGAACCUGUCACGCCGGCGCGCCUGUAUGACGCUGUCAAUGUGCUGCUCAGCAUGAGAAACUCAGAUGGUGGGUUUGCCACAUAUGAAACGAAGCGAGGGGGGAGGCUCCUUGAGCUGCUCAACCCGUCGGAGGUGUUUGGUGACAUCAUGAUAGAUUACACCUACGUGGAGUGUACGUCAGCAGUGAUGCAAGCUCUGAGGCAUUUCCAUAUGGUUCAUCCGGAACACCGGACAGAGGAAAUUAGGAACACUCUGGGAGACGGGCUCGAUUACUGUCGAAGGGUGCAGAGGCCUGACGGAUCCUGGGAAGGGUCCUGGGGAGUGUGUUUCACCUAUGGGACAUGGUUUGGCCUGGAAGCCUUCGCUUGUAUGGGGCACAGCUAUCAGAGGAAUGGAUGUGCGGAAGUGCGGAGAGCCUGCCAGUUUCUCUUAAAUCACCAGAUGCCGGGCGGUGGCUGGGGGGAGGACUUUGAGUCUUGCGAGCAACGACGCUACGUUCAGAGCAGCUCAGCGCAGAUCCACAACACCUGUUGGGCUCUGUUAGGGCUCAUGGCAGUCAGGCACCCGGACCAGCAGGCAAUCGAGAGAGGGAUCAAGCUUUUGAUUGACAAGCAGCUGCCCAAUGGAGACUGGCCUCAGGAGAAUAUUUCAGGCGUGUUCAACAAGAGCUGCGCUAUCAGCUACACGUCAUACAGGAACGUCUUCCCCAUUUGGACACUGGGUCGCUUCGCAGCACUGAACCCCCACAGUUCUCUGACUGGAAAGCUCAAGCUGUGAACAUCUGGACCAUCAGACUGUCGUCAAAACAAUAAAUCUUACCUGGUACAUUUCAACUAUGAAUUCCGAGUUAUUCAAUGAGUGUAAAAGUAUCCCUACACGAUACUCCACAUUGCCAUAAACAUUCAUUUGUGCCUUUUAAAGGGGACCAGGCAUGGACAAUUUACGUUUUCAUUGCUUGUUUACAACUAGUUAAGUGUGAAAUUAGACAACAAAGUCAAUCAUGUGCGAGCUGGCCCGUUUCCCAAAAUGCUUCUGUGACCGAGCCGUUCUGAAUUUCACCGCAGCACGCAUGCUUGCACUGCACCAGCGGUUCUCAAACCUUUAACACAACUUUAAAAAUACUUAGCUCUCCAAGUACCAACAUAAGGGUCAACAUUAAAAUACAGUAAAAAAAAAAUAUGAAGGCAGAGGUUUUAGUCCUAAAAUGUAUAUUUGUUUUUGUAAGGAACUGCAACAUUAUACAGUUUGAACGUUAGCACUGUGCUUAAAUACAGGAAAAGAAAAAAAAAGUACUUAAAUAAUGAUUCAUUUCAAACGUAUUGCACACAAAGGUUGACGAAAAAUUGUACUUUAAUGUUUAACAACAAGCAGUUGUUAAAGAUAGCUGUAUUUUAUUGUACUUAAAAGUUAAAUACAACUGUACUUCCUUCCCGGAUGUUUGAUUCUAUUUUGUUUUAAUUAUUUGACUUUUUAUUACCACGAGAGAGAGCCUGCAUACCACUUGUGGUACUCUUCGCAAAUGUUGUACUCGUACCACACUUUGAGGAUCACUGCGCUACACUAAUUGAUGAGUGUAAUUCGGCAGCUUGAGAAAAAAGUGCUGCCAUCACCAGUGAAAAUACAGACAGUGCGUUUACUGUCUGCAUGGGCUCUUUUCUUCACACUCUAGGCUCGUAGUACUCAAGUAAAAAGUACUGUUACUUUAGAAUAAUAUGGCUUAAGUAAAAGUAAAAAGUAGUCUUCUGAAUAAUUACUUCAGUAAGCAUAACUAUCCAUCCAUCCAUCAAUUUUCUGAGCCGCUUCUCCUCACUGGGGUCGCGGGCGUGCUGGAGCCCAUCCCAGCUAUCAUCGGGCAGGAGGCGGGGUACACCCAGAACUGGUUGCCAGCCAAUCGCAGGGCACAUAUAAAAACAACAAUUCGCACUCACAUUCACACCUAUGGGCAAUUUAGAGUUGUCAAUUAACCUAGCAUGCAUGUUUUUGGGAUGUGGGAGGGAACCGGAGUGCCCGGAGAAAACCCACGCAGGCACGGGGAGAACAUGCAAACUCCACACAGGCGGGGCCGGGGAUUGAACCCCGGUCCUCAGAACUGUGAGGCAGACGCUCUAAUCAGUCGCCCACCGCGCCGCUCAUCAAAAUUUGAAUUAUUAAAAAGUUGGCAACCGUGAUCUGUUGUAGGUGUGCCUGCAGGUAUAUAGAGGAGCUGGGACCAGCACCAAGUAUAUUCCUCCAAAACUUUGUAUUGAGCACAGACAGACGGUAAGUCCACGGCUUUCUUUUAUUGGAAACUUUAUAUGUUUUGUCUAUAGUACAAUAUGUAACUUUUUUUCAUUUCUGAUCAUUUAAGUAAUGCGUCACUACAAGCACGGCGUGAGGAAUCCGUCAUCAUCAGUUCCUAUUCCUCAGCCUUCUCUUUGAAGACUGUAUCAAAUGUGUUUCAUUUUUUCAGGUGGACACUGUGGUCAAGUAUGUGACUGGCACGGACCUGGGCACUGUCACAUACAUGCUCACAGGCAUCAUUAUCUUCACGCAUGCUGCCACGGAGGGACAUGUAAGGUCUGUUACAAACAGUGUCGCAGGCACAGGUUUGGACACAAGUACCACAAGUGUCACAAGAAAGGGAGAAGAUACUGUCACAGGGACCCAUCCAAAAAUAUGCGCACAGACCUCCGGAGCCCAAGGUGUGUCCACAUAUUUGGGACUGAAAGAGCUUUGUUCAAGGGCAGGGACAAAUUUACAUGGAGGAAAAAAAAUUGUGACAGCAGGUGAGUAAAAGCAUAAGGUAAAAUUCUGCAGCUCAUGUACAGUAAUUGUAACUUUUGUCCAUCAAAAUUUCGUGUUGAUCGGUCUAACCCGUGUCACGGGCUAUUUAGUUCUAGAUUUCCAGGGGCCGCUACUGAGUCACAUUGGGGAUUCGUGCGCACCCCGAAAAUACAUACACCUUUUCUCCAGGGUACACACCCUUGCAGAAAAUACAAAUACAGACCAAUUUAACCGCUCUCUUUUAUCCGACUCGGGUUUAGGCCCGUGUACGAGUGUGAAUACAGAUAUAGACCUGGACCCUGCACUAAGCGCUGACUCAAUUUGGUCAUUGAUCCAGUAAUCACGUUAUUUGCAUGUUGAUGUAUCUGCCUUGAAUGCAAUAAAUGAUGUUUAAAUGAAAACAAAUGCCUAUUAUCAUGUAUUGUAUCAAAUAAGUAUGUACUAAAACCCCCUGUUAUGUUCGUUUCUCAGGAGUAGCGGUAAUGUUCCUGGGUCAAAUUGAGCAGCUUUUAAAAAGCUAUCAAAGCCAAUGGAAAUGUCCAAAUGACCUAAAAUGGCCACCAAUACACAGUAACAAACUUCCUUAGUCUUUUUGAGACUUUUUUUGUGUGUGUGUGGUUCUACUCAUGCUAGACAUGCCCAGCAAAACCCUUUUUAUGUUCUUUGUGUCCUUUGUUUUAAUUCUUUGGUAAUAAUGAUGAACUGCAUUCAACAAGCAACAUUUAAGGAUUCAAGGACUUUUAAUUGUCACACCAGCACAUAUUUACACACCUUUUUAUUAUUCUUAUGAACACAUUUUUCUUGAGCAUUCUUCACAUGCGCCGAUGCAAACAGUGCUGACGUCUCUUCAUGGCUACAUGCACAUUGUCGGGAUAGUUCAGAUUCUGCAGCCUGUAAAACAAACAAACACUUUUGUCCUCAAAAAAAUGCAGAUUUUAAAUUUACGUUGCUGUUGUGGGUGUGCCUGCAGGUAAAUAGAGGAGCAGGGACCAACAUCAAGUAGAUUCCUCCUAAACUUUGCAUUGAGUACAUAACGGUAAGUGCAUGGAUUUCUUUCAUUAGACAUUUUGGAUGUGUUGUUUUUAAUCAAUUCACAGAUUUGUAUCAAAUCAUUUCAGACAUUAAUGCAUCACAACAAGCACGGAGGGCACUGCGGUCGUGGAGGUGGCAGGCACAGUCACGGGCACGGGCACGGGCACGGACACGGGCACGGUCACGGGCACGGCGGGCAUGGAUGCGGAAAGGAACCGGGAUGUAAAAAGUGUCGCCGGCGCAGACACAAGUUAGGACACAAGCAUCGCAACUGUCACAAAAAAGGGAAGGACUGUCAUGGGUCUUCCAGCAGCUCCUGCAGCAGCAGCAGCGACUCCGACUAGAAGAAGAAGAGUCCUGCAAGCAUCCAGUUUGCACAAUGAUCACACCUGACAUGACCCUCAAAAGCUUGGGUUCAAAAUAUUAACCCUCCUGUUAUGUUGCAGGUCAAGUUGCCCCGUUUUAGUAGUUUUCCAGUAUGAAACAUCUGCUUACCUUAGCAAGCGUAAUCAACAUAACAAUGCAUUUUGGCAUGAGACAAACAAUGUUUAAUGGGAUUUUUUUUUUCUUUUCAAUUUCUGAUACUUUUGGAUCAUUGCAACACGUCAUUAUUGCUCUUCCUGAGAAACAAUGUAACAGGACAGUUAAACAGGUUGUACAAUUGUGCAUUUUUUUGUGUGCUGAUGCAAUAAAAUGGAUUUUAAAAUAAAAUAAGAAUCAGAAUCAUCUUUAUUUGCCAGGUAUGUCAAACACACACAAGGAAUUUGUCUCAGAUAGUUGCAGCCACUCUAGUACGACAAUAGACAGCCAUUUUGACAAAAUAAAAAAUCCUUUAGAGACAUAAUAACAUGAAAACACAUUACAGAGAGUCACUGAGCAAUGAAAGGUUACCGGUAAUGUGGACAAUUGUCCUCUCGCAAUUUAAUGGCAAGAGGGAGAAGCUGUUGGAAUGUCUGCUUGUUUUAGUUUGCAUUGAUCGAUGGCGCCUACCUGAGGGAAGAAGCUGGAAGAGGUGAUUCCUGUUCAUAAGGAAUGCUUUGCUUGCUCUUGUCUUAGUUCUGGCAGCGUGCAAGUCCUAGAGGGUGGGUAGGAAAAAUCACCGAUACCCCUGGUGAUUUUUCUUGCAGUCCUGAUUGUCCGUUGCAGUCGUAGUUUGUCCUUUUUUCGUAGCAGCACCAAACCUGACUGUGAUGGAUGAACACAGGACUGAUUUGAUGACUGCUGUAUAGAACUGCCUCAACAGCUCCUGUGGCUGGCAGGCCGUCCUCUGCUGAGCCUUUUUGAGAAUGGUGUUGAUGUUUGUCUCCCACUUCAGGCCCUGAGAGACUGUAAUUCCCAGGAACUUGAAGGUCUCGACGGUUGGCAGAUUGCAGGUGGACAGCGUGAGGGCCAGCUGUGGCGAGGUAUGCCUCCUGAAGUCCACGCUCAACCCUACAGUCUUGAGCGUCUUCAGCUCCAGGAUGUGUCGGCCGCACCACAACUCCAGCCGCUCCACUUCCUGGCGAUACGCAGACUCGUCACCGUCUUUGAUGAGGCCGAUGACUUUGGUGUCGUCAACAAACUUCAGGAGUUUGACAGCUGUGAGGUGCAGUUGUUCAUGUACUGAGAGAACAGCAGCGGCGAGAGGACACAUCCUUGGGUCGCCUCGCUGCAGAUGGUGCGUGUAGAUGAGGUGGUGUCCCCCAGCCUCACCUUCUGUGUCCUACCCGUCAGAAAGCUGUAAAUCCACUGGCAGAUGGCAGGCGAGACGCUGAGCUGGAGAAGCUUGGAGGAGAGGAGUUCGGGGAUGAUGGUGUUGAACGCAGAGCUGAAGUCCAACAACAGGAUCCUCAUGUAGGUCUUCGUGCCGUCAAGGUGUUCUAGGAUGAAGUGUAGUCCCAUGUUGACUGCUUCAUCCGCAGACCUGUUUGCUCGGUAGGCAAACUGCAGGGGGUCCAGCAGGGGGCAUGUGACACUUUUGAGGGGGUCCAGCACGAGGCGUUCAAAGGACUUCAUGACCACAAAUGCCAGGGCGACAGGCCUGUAGUCAUUCAGACCCGAGAUUGCAGGUUUCUUGGGGAAUGGGAUGAUGGUGGACCGUUUGAAGAUCUGUGUGAAGACUGGAGCGAGCUGGUCCGCGCAGACUUUGAAGCAGGAUGGGGAUACAAGGUCUGUGCCCGCCGCUUUAUUGAUCUUUUGUAGUUUGAAGAUACAUCUCACAUCCUGUUCAUGAAUGGUCAACGCAGAAGUCGGAGGUGCGAUGGUGGUCAGUGGUGCGGCUCGGUCGGCGUGGGGUGCAAAAAGUGUCCAUUUCAAAUAUGUUCACGUUGUCAGCCAGUCCUUUAUUGUCAAACUCUAUCUCAUGAUAGUUACGCUUACCAAAUUCCAUGUUGCUCAGUGAAACUAGUUUCGGGGGCUGAAUUUUCAAAGAAUUCCUCAGGGAAGUACUGAGCCAAAUUCUAACAUACAUUUCCACCAGGAUCAACACCUACAAAAUAUGAGAAUGGGAAAGCCCCAAAAUGGUGAUUCAGUUGUCCAAAAGCUAUUGACGACAAAGACAUUUGCAACAUGUGCAUUCUUAAGCCCUGCCCUCAAUUACUGGAGGUGUGGUUGGAGGUGGAUUCUUGUUCUGAAUUCUUAAAAAGGUGCACCCAGUCAGCAGCUGAGCAAGUUUGGAUCUCAACUCCAGCGCACGAGUGUGGAUCUGCCAUUUUGACAAGCACAAGACAAAUCAAGGAUCAUCUGGGUGAAGAUGCCAUACGGUCCAUACAGGGCAUGUGCUACUCCGCGGGUGGGCCAUCCCGCUUGUGGCCCCAACAGAGGGUUAAGACCAAGGUUUGGUUACGGAUACGGGAACGGCUACGGGUACGGCCAUCACCACGGCUAUGGAUACGGCCGCGGAUACGGGCACUACGGGCACUACGGAUACGGCCACCAUGGCCACAGAUACGGCCAGCACGGAUGUUCAAUACAGUAGUGGCAUAUGACCUUGAAAUGUACUUGUUACCAUAAUGUAGCAUCUAUAUUCUAAGCUCAAAAUAAAAAAACAUUUAAAAUCAAUGUAACAGUGGGAUAGAUUGGUUGUUGAUUGCAAUAAAAUGUGAUUGUGAAAAGCAAA